CUUCACUCUUUUCUUCUCUUUUUCUCGUGAUUGUGCUCAUAUUAUUCAAUUGUUGGUGGGAAUAUGACGAUCCUCAUUGAGCAGCAGCCUGACCUCGGUUUCCCAGUGGGUGAAAAGAAUAUCCCUCGCGAUACCAUUAAUGAACUUGUAUUGGAUGGAGGAUUCGUUAUGCCCAAAACGACCUCAGACGGAUUUGAAGCUCCAGAAAUCAACUCCUUUGGUCACUCCUUUAGGGACUAUAAUGCAGAAAGUGAAAGGCAGAAAACGGUGGAGGAAUUCUACCGCGUCAACCACAUUAACCAGACCUACGACUUUGUGAAGAGGAUGAGGGAAGGGUAUGCGAAGUUGGAUAAAGCAGAAAUGAGCAUAUGGGAGUGCUGUGAACUUCUCAAUGAUGUUGUUGAUGACAGCGAUCCUGAUUUGGAUGAGCCCCAAAUUGAACAUUUGCUGCAGACUGCGGAGGCUAUCAGAAAAGAUUACCCUAAUGAGGAUUGGUUGCAUUUGACGGGACUUAUUCACGAUCUUGGAAAAGUUCUUCUGCAUCCCACCUUUGGAGAGCUCCCGCAGUGGGCUGUUGUCGGUGACACGUUUCCUCUUGGUUGUGCUUUCGAUGAAUCCAUCGUCCACCACAAGUAUUUCAAGGAUAAUCCCGAUCACAGCAACCCUUCCUACAGCACCAAGAACGGGAUUUAUGAAGAGGGAUGUGGAUUGGAAAACGUGGUUAUGUCUUGGGGCCACGAUGAUUACAUGUAUUUGGUCGCUAAGGAAAACGGAACAACAUUGCCGCCGGCAGCUCUUUUUACUAUCCGCUAUCACUCUUUUUACCCACUGCACAGGGCAGGAGCAUACACGCACUUGAUGAAUGAGGAGGAUCAUGAGAGCUUGAAGUGGCUCAAAGUUUUCAACAAAUAUGACCUUUACAGCAAAAGCAAAGUCCGGAUUGAUGUCGAAAAGGUGAAGCCAUAUUACCUCUCCCUCAUUGAAAAGUACUUCCCAGCAAAACUCAGGUGGUGAACAGAUCGAUGUAGGAUAUCAACUGCAAGAAAAACAGUGGGAGCAGGAGAUUGGAUGAUGGAUUCUGUAUCGAGAAGAUGUGCAGAAACCUUCUCAGAUUAUUUUACCAUUCAUUUGAAAAUUUGUGUACAACUCGCUUUCUUGUAUUUUUUCCACCAUUAAUGAAAUCGCAGCAUUUACAA